AUGGCUGAACCUUCCAAGGCUAACGGAAACUACAACUCGGUCGCCGGUACCGUCAAGGAGACCAUCGGCAACGUCAUCGGCUCUGCUGACUGGCAGUCCACCGGCAAGGAGCAGCACGCCAAGGGUGAGGCCGAGAUCAAGUCGGCUGAGGCCAAGGGCUACGCCGAGGGCACCAAGGACCAGGUCUCCGGCAAGGUCGACAACGUUGUCGGCUCCAUCACCGGCAACAAGUCCAAGGAGAUGUCCGGCAAGGCUCAGGAGGAGUCUGGCAAGGCCCAGAAGGAGAUCAACUCUUAA